GUGCGCCGGACAUAAGAAAAAUUUGAAGAAAAUCGCAAAGUAUUUGUAUAUUGUGCCAAAAUACAAACACAUAUCAACAUACAUAUAUAGCUGUAUAUACUCAGAUAUAUAGCGACAAGUUUUCACGCUCAUUUUUCCGGACCCGUGCGAACCGGUCAAAACUGAAAAGUGGCCCAACAUUUUGUGAAUAAAUUUUUGUUGUUGGCCAGAGAUUAAUGAUGAGCCUUUGUGCAACAGACGCCAAAACAAAUUAAACUAACAGAGUCAGUGACGAUAAAAGAAAUAAAAGAGAGUAAAUUGAAAGCAAGGAAAAGACAGUUUCAGUUCGUUUGUAUACUUUUCCACUUCAGUGUAGAGGAUCUGUAAAAUUUCGAUUGAUCGUUAACAUUGUGGUUUUGAAAUGUUUCAAAAUCAGAAUAAUGUUGCCGCUGGCGGCACAAAUCCUUCUCCCGUUGCCGCGCCCAUGGAUACUAACCAGCAGCAAAGCCUAAACUAUAAUGGGCUGCAACAAACACAGCAGCAGCAGCAGCAGCAACAACAACAACAACAACAAACUCAAUCAGCCAAGAAUGUGAGAAAGAAACCGUAUGUAAAAAUUACAGAACAGCCCGCUGGUAAAGCCCUGCGUUUUCGCUAUGAAUGCGAGGGUCGCUCCGCGGGUUCCAUACCAGGCGUCAACUCAACACCCGAAAACAAAACCUAUCCAACAAUCGAAAUUGUCGGCUACAAGGGUCGCGUUGUUGUUGUUGUCUCAUGCGUCACGAAGGACGCGCCUUAUCGUCCCCAUCCACACAAUCUCGUGGGCAAGGAGGGCUGCAAGAAAGGCGUUUGCACACUGGAGAUAAACAGCGAGACUAUGCGGGCCGUAUUUAGUAAUCUGGGCAUACAGUGUGUGAAGAAAAAGGACAUAGAGGCGGCUCUAAAGGCGCGCGAGGAUAUACGCGUUGAUCCAUUUAAGACGGGGUUCUCGCACCGUUUCCAGCCCUCGAGCAUUGAUUUGAAUGCGGUUCGCCUGUGCUUUCAAGUGUUUAUGGAGAGCGAGAAGGGACGCUUCACACAAGCCUUGCCGCCAGUCGUCUCCGAGCCUAUUUACGACAAGAAGGCUAUGUCUGAUCUGGUCAUAUGUCGGCUGUGCAGUUGCUCCGCCAGCGUUUUGGGCAACACACAAAUCAUACUGCUGUGCGAAAAAGUGGCCAAAGAGGACAUUAGUGUGCGGUUUUUUGAGGAGAAGAACGGCAAGUGCGUCUGGGAGGCUCUUGGAGACUUUCAGCAUACGGAUGUGCACAAGCAGACUGCCAUUACAUUUAAGACGCCGCGUUAUCACUCGCUCGAGAUCACAGAGCCUGCCAAGGUAUUCAUACAGCUGCGUCGGCCAUCGGAUGGCGCCACCAGUGAGGCUUUACCCUUCGAAUAUGUGCCGUUGGAUUCAGGUAGGCAUACGUUUUGGAAUCUUCAUCGGCAUCUCAAGCGAAAGCCGGACGAAGACAUAUUUCAGCAAAUUUUGUCGUUGGAUGCUUGCGCCAGGAAGCGUGAGGCACCAACGAUUGAGGUUAUCGACCUAAAUACGCCUACCUUGGAGCAACCCGAGCAGACUGCAGAGCAAGCAUUCGCAAUCGCAGCAGCAGACUUAGAAGAAGAGGAACAGGUUCAGCAAAUAAUGCAAGAUUCUGUUCCGAGUUCAGAUGUGACCGAUCGGGUCGCCGAACAAUUUGAAGCUCAGGAAGCGGAACGUUUGCGCACUGAGCAGGAAAUUGAUACUAUUAUUGAUGAAAAGGUGCGCGAACUUGAGGAAUUGCAGCAGCAGCAGCAACAACAACAACAACAACAACAGCAGCAGCAGCAGCAACAGCAGAACUUAGACUUCGUAUUGCAGGAUGCGCGUCCGCUAACUCCUAAUGAUAAAAUAACUGACUGGAUUGCAUCGAACGAGUUGGAAGAGUUACACGAGGGCAGUCCCAUUACCGAUUUGAAUAUUGGCAGUGCAAGGAUUGAGGCCCAGGCAGAGCCACAAGUCACUGAUGAGAACAAAACCCUCAACGAACUGCUCGAACAGGUGGCCGAAUUGGAUGAGAUCUAUACGGAUUAUGCGCUACGACGCGAUACAUAUAACAAUACCAUACAGAAUGAGCUGCAGAGUGUAGAGAAAUGCGAAAGCACACGCCCGCCCAUGAAGAUGGAGGAUAGCUUCGAUGAUGCUGCAACCUAUACGAGUCUGCAAAUUGCCUUUAAAAAUCCAGUUCUCAUACCAAUGGACGACAUAAUGCCACCCACGCCGCCCAUGUCACAGUGUGCGCCCGAAGAUACACAGCACUAUGAUCCCAUAGAGAUCAGUACGCAAGAUCGGCAUUUGCAACAGAGUCCACAACUGCAGCAGCAGCCGCAGCAGCAGCAACGGAAAACAGAAUUGCAGCAGCAACUGAAGCAGCUGCAACAGCAUGCGUCGGGACCACCUCCACCUGCCAGGCCGCCAGUCAGCUCCCCCAUCAUGCAUGUCACCGCAGCGGAGGAGGAGAAAGUGCCGCCCUUGCCACCGAAGCGCUUGCGCAAACAGGAUAGCAACGCCGAAAACCGUUCAAUUGAGGCAAACAAUGCCAGUAGUGAGUCCUUGGAGCCGCGCAGACACCGCUUGCCUCCACCCAUCAUCCAUCAGCUGCCUCUGAAAAUCGCGCCCAAUAAAGGGCUGCCACCCAAGCCCACAUCUGAUAGCAAUACGCUGCCCAGGCAAAAGAAGCCCGGCUUCUUUACCAAACUCUUCAAUCGACGCAAGAGCAAGCCCGACCUAAAUCAAUCGAACGAGAUCCUGACAAGCUCCAGUUCAAACACGAAACUGAGCCCCAAUACCAACAAUCCCAAUUCACGAAGCGAACCCAAUAUUGCGCCUUUCAAAGCGAACGAUUCAUUGCGCUCAUCGUUGCGUUCGGCCAAGUCGGAGAAGGCAGCCACAUCGAGUCCUGUAAAGACUGGCAGCAAGAAGCUGGCCAACAAGACAAGCAAGCCUUGCGGCCGAAGCGUGAGCAGCGUGUCGGGGAAAAGAUCGGCGUAUUUGAACGCCGAUGUGGUGCACAUACCGCUGAAAGGCGACAGCAUAAAUAGCUUGCCACAUCACCAGGGAAAUGAGGGCUAUUCAAAUUCCAGUACUGUAACGCUGAGCGGCAACUUGGACAGACGUACGGCCUCGGCUCUGCAGCUGGCCGAAAUACCUAUUUCCGAGGGUGGCAUGGAACUGGUGGCCAUUGCGGAUCGCCAGAGUCUGCACAAUUUGGUCAGCUCCAUCGAGGGCCAGUAUAAUGUGAAGCUAGAUCCGAAUUUAGAUUUCGCCGAGGCCGAACACUUUGCUCUUUACACGAGCAUACCGCCGCAGGCGACGGCCAGCGAAUUUGAUGAAAUGUCCGCCUAUUAUGCUCCUGUCGAUGCCGGCGAAAUACUGACGCCCGACGAGGUGGCUAAGCGCUUGGCGGCCGCCAAUGUCAACAAUUAGGCUGGAUUUUCCUGGAACUUUCCCAGGCUUUCUAGCGCUUGUUUGCUGACUCGCAGUUGUUGUUGUUGCACCACGACAUUUGGAACGAAACAAAACCAUCAACAACUGCAAACGAACAUUAAUUUAAAUCAAUCCUAGACACCAUUUGUAUUGGAUAAGGGGUUGCGCCUUAAAUAUUGUUUUUCAAGCGCCAUCCAAAAUUGUAAACCUGCCAGCAGAGACGAUCGAAGAUCUCAAACAUACACGACCGACAAAACUCUAGAUUGUUGCUUAGCCUCUAAGGCUACUUGUAUUUAAAAUGUUUAUAUAAAUCAAUUGUUAGGCAUUGUGUUGUGUGUGUGUGUGCGAGAGAUUCUCAUCGCUCUAGUUGGCAGUACGGCGUUCAUUUCGUAACGUCCAAGCUCCAUUUUGUAUUUGUUGAAAAUUGUAUCAAUUAGGAAUUGAGAAUUGUAACGAAUUAAUCGAAUAUGACGCAAAUUUGUCGCCCGGAACCAACGCAAUCAUUUUAAGGCAGCAUUCGAUGGAUUGCUGUUCAUUUGUUGAAGCGCAUGCGCGCACAUUUUGUAUUUAAUAGCUCAGCUAACAUUUAUGGCUUCUUUCUAUCACCAAAUGUGAUAUGAAGGAGACAAAAAACCAAUUUACCUUGCCAGGCUAUCGAAGUUUGCAUUAAAACAACAUGUCCCAUUGACACUUUUUUUUAUAGAUCCAGCACAUUUGAGGCGGAAACGUCAAAAGACUGGCGGCGAUC